AUGGAACGUUUACCAGUAUUUCCGGCAUUCGAUAUCGACAGUGAUAAAGGUAAUGCAGGCCCGAAAUGGGACCGAUGGAUAGGUCGGUUGGAAAACCUAUUCGUGGCAAUGGAAAUCGACGAAGCAGAAGAUGAUGAUAGAAAAAGGGCAUUGCUUCUACAUUACGUCGGAGAAAGAGUAUAUGAUAUAUAUCUGGCGGAGAAAACUCCUACCACAGGUACGUCUUAUGCUGCUACGAAAAAAGUGUUUGAAGAUUAUUUCCGUCCUAGAAAAAAUACGCAAAUGGAGAUCUACAAGUUUAGGUUGUGUAAACAAAAAGAGGGACAAACUUUAGAUGAAUAUGUAACUGAAUUACGUACGGUGGCAAGGGACUGUGAUUUCACGGACUUAAACAAGGAAAUUUUGUCACAGUUAAUUCAGCAUUGUCGUUCAAAUCAACUCAGGCGGAGAGCACUGAGGGAACCGGAGAAGGGAUUAGAGGACAUAAUCAAGCUAGGUAGAGCGAUGGAACUGUCCGAUACUCAAGCUCAGGCGAUGGAAGGUCAGUCGGUAAACUACGUGUCUCAGAAGUCCAGGGGAGGUCGAGGAGCCCAUCAAAACAACGGUAAUGCUCGAGGAGGAUAUCGAGGCAGAGGUCAACAACGUCAAAAUAAUAACCGUUUGUGCUGGAACUGUGGAGGCAAGUUUCCACACAGAGAUAGUCCAUGUCCGGCAAGUGGUCGUGAAUGUCACGGAUGUAAGAAGAAAGGUCACUUUCGUAAAAUGUGUAAAGAGAACAAGGACAAAGGUACAAAAGAACACAAGUAUAAGAAAAAAGUGAACUCUGUAGACGCUGAUAUAAAGGAGGACAGUGAUGAUAGUUACUGUUAUGGUGUGAGUCUUGCAGGUAAAGAUAAACAUGUCUACGCUGUGAAAGGCCCAUUCAUCAAUGUAAACAUAGAGGGGAGACAACUCAAACUCCUUGUGGACAGUGGAGCCUCAGUCAAUAUUCUCGACGAAUCUGACUAUAACUGUAUAGGACAACCUGCUCUGGUGAGGUCCAAGACCCAAGGACGACUGGUUCCAUAUGGUAACAGUAGUACUCUCAAAGUACUAGGGACUUGUAACUUACGUGUUGAGACCAAGACAAAGUUUGACAUCGUAGAGUUCUAUGUUGUGAAAGGAAAGAAUCUUGGCUCUAUCCUGGGUUAUCCUACAGCCAGCAAGCUGUCGCUGAUCGAGAUAAAAGUGAAUCUGGUUCAACAGGAAUCAAACAAUGUAGAAGAUGGAUUUCCGCACCUCUUUAAAGGUAUAGGAAAGCUCCGAAACAGACAAGUCAAGCUUCACAUAGACCCAGAUGUGCCUCCUGUAGCACAGAGGUCAAGGAAAACGCCGUUUCACCUUCGGGACAAAGUAAAGGCUGAAAUUGACAAGUUGGUACAACAGGAUAUCAUCGAAAGGGUUGAGGGUGAGCCAACACCUUGGAUAUCUCCUAUAGUUACACCCCCCAAAAAGAAUCCUGAUGAAAUUAGAUUGUGUGUUGAUAUGAGGGAAGCCAACAAAGCCAUAUGUAGAGAACGACACCCCCUACCUACUAUUGACGAGCUUAUUGUAGACUUGAAUGGUUCGGAAGUAUUCAGUAAGUUAGAUCUACGUAGUGGAUACCAUCAGUUGGAACUGGAACCAGGAUCACGGUUUAUUACAACGUUUAACACACAUAUGGGUAUAUACCGAUAUAAAAGGCUCAAUUUCGGUAUAUCUUCAGCCUCGGAGGUAUUUCAGGAAGCAAUACGCCAAGUUAUACAAAACAUUGAAGGGGCGAGGAACAUCUCGGACGACAUUCUUGUAUAUGGUCGGAAUAGGAAGGAUCAUGAUAUAGCUUUACAAAAAGUACUUCAAAGGCUGAGUGACAGUGGUCUUACUUUAAAUGGUCCAAAGUGUGAGUUCAGAAAGGACAAGAUAACAUUCUUUGGUGUUGUAUUUGGAGCACAGGGUAUUUCACCAGACUCUGAGAAAGUCAGAGCAGUAGAAGAAUUCGAGAGACCCCAGAGUGUCAAAGAACUGCGAAGUUUCCUUGGAAUGGCAAACUACUGUGCGAGAUUUAUUAAAGGAUAUGCUGAUAUCUGUGAACCACUGAGAGAACUUACACAUAAAGAUACACAAUGGAUCUGGAAUGAGAAGCAUGAGAAAGCUUUUGUUGCGCUGAAGCAAAGCCUCUCUAGUGACACUGUCAUGGCAUAUUAUAAUCCAAACAAGCCCGUAGAGGUCCGAGUCGAUGCUAGUCCCAUAGGACUAGGAGCAGUAUUAGUACAGGACAGAAUAGUGUGUUAUGCGAGUCGUGCACUUACUUCAGUUGAGUCUCGUUACAGCCAGGUCGAGAGAGAGGCGCUUGCAGUUGUAUGGGCGUGUGAACACUUUGACCUAUAUUUACGAGGACUGUCAAAAUUCACUGUGAUCACUGAUCACAAACCGCUUGAAAAGAUUUGGCAAAAGGCUAAGCUACCCAGUCUCCGAAUUGAGAGAUGGAAUCUACGGCUACAACCUUACAAGUUUAAAAUCAAAUAUGAACCUGGUGAUAGUAAUAUAGCUGAUUACAUGUCAAGACACCCUAUUAAAGGUAAACCUCUGAAACAAAGUUCACAGGAACAGAAGAUAGCUGAAGAAUAUGUCAACUUCAUCAUGACUGAAGCUAUACCAAAAGCCAUAUCACUGGACGAGAUAAGGGAGGCAACUCGUGAAAGUCCAACAUUACAAAAGGCUAUAGAGUAUACCAGGACAGGGAGAUGGUAUGAAAUGAAGCUACUGGGAUUGGACGAUAGGUAUGACAUUGAAGAGUUGACAGCACUACGAGCAGUUAGGGAUGAACUAACAGUACACUCGGAUAACAUAUUACUGAGAGACUUGAGAAUUGUGAUACCCGUCACGUUAAGAGAUCGAGCUAUAAAUGUUGCACACGAAGGUCACCAAGGAAUCGCUAAGACUAAGACAUUCCUCCGCUCAAAGGUAUGGUUCCCAGGAAUUGACGCCAGGGUAGAGACAUUGGUUAAGGAUUGUAUGGCCUGUCAGAUCCUAACACCCGAAAAGAAAAGUAUGGAAUCAUUGAAAAUGUCUGAACUUCCCACAGGACCCUGGGAAAAUAUAAGUAUGGAUUUUUGUGGGCCCUUGCCUACAGGGGAGUAUCUAUUGGUCGUUAUAGAUGAAUACUCUCGCUAUCCAAUAGUAGAAAUAACACGUUCUGUGUCAGCGAAUGUGACCAUUCCAGUACUUGACAAAGUAAUUAGUCUUUUCGGAACACCUAAGAUAGUUAAAAGUGACAAUGGAAGUCCGUUCAACUCUGAACAGUUCCGGUGCUAUGCUGGAACUAUGGGGUUCGAUCACAGAAGAAUUACUCCACGAUGGCCUCGGGCCAACGCCCAGGCUGAAGCUUUUAAUAAGCCACUCAUGAAAGUUGUACGCGCUGCUACACUUGAAAACAGGAACUGGAAACAGGAGAUGUAUAAGUUCCUACGUCAAUAUCGUGCCACACCACAUGUUACUACAGGAAGAACACCUUACUAUCUGAUCUUCGGACGGGAACCAAAGACAAAACUGCCCAGUACACCAAACUAUGAAAGAACAUCAGCAACAGAUCUGUAUGUGAGAGAAAGGGAUAGCGACAGAAAGUUUGGUAUGAGAUCCUAUGCUGACAACAGGAAUUGUAGUAAUAACAAAGAGAUAUCUGUUGGUGAUACAGUACUAGUCAGGAAUGACGAAAAGGGAAACAAACUUUCACCUGCAUAUAAACCAAAACCUGAGACUGUAAUUGCUAAAAAAAGGUCCAAUGAUAACAGUUACAGGAAAUGUGACCAGGAACUCAUCUCGAAUGAAGAGGGUGAAUGA